AUGGCUGCUGCUGUGCUGACGGGUAGCUUCCGUCCGGCGGCGCCGUCACGUCCUCGAAGCGCGCGGCAAGGGCUUCUGGACAGGCCGACUCCCUUCCACGCCCGACGCAGCAGUCAGCGGCAGACACACAGAGUGACAGCUGCGGCGGAGUCGGCAGCGCUGGCUGCCGCUCUCGCAGUGCGACGGCCGCGUCGGAAGGUCUUGCUUGGCCUCGGGGGCGCCGCAGCUGCCCCUGCUCCUGCGGCCCUUGCCGAGGUGCCCGCUCUGACGAGGAAGACGGAUGUCUUUGACGGUGAAGUCAUGAAGAGCCCGCUGGACACACGAAAUUACCGUGCGCUGACCCUGGGCAAUGGCAUGAGGGUUCUUCUGGCAUCUGAUCCAGAUGCAGUCACAGCUUCGAGCGCGCUAUCCGUCCACGUUGGCUUCUACUCGGAUCCCGAGGAUAUUCCCGGACUCGCGCACUUCUGCGAGCACAUGCUUUUUCUGGGUACCAAAGAGUACCCGGAGGAGAAUUCUUUCGAAAGCUUUCUGGUUGCGAACUCUGGCAGCCAAAAUGCUUUCACAUCAGAAUCGAGCACAACGUACUUCUUUGAAGUUUCCCCGAGUGGUUUGCGCGAGUCACUCCAGCGCUUUGCGUCUUUCUUCCGCGAGCCGCUCUUCACGGCCUCGGCCACAGAGAGAGAGGUUAAUGCCAUCAGCUCCGAGUUCGCAAAGAACCAGGAGAACGAUGGCUUUCGGUUCCAGCAGCUCCUGAAGGGCACUGCAUCCGAAGGCCACCCAGAGAGGCAUUUCGGCUGCGGCAACCGGAAGACCCUGGUGGAGAGCCGAGGCCCGGAGCAACUUCGGGAGUCCUUGAAGACGUUCUUCGAAGCAUACGAUCCCGCAGCGAUGUCGUUGUGCAUUGUCGGCAAGGAGCCCUUGGAUGUGCUUCAAGCUUCGACGGAGGCGUACUUCGGAUCCAUCCCGCAACGCCGUUUGGCUGACCGGCCCUGGAAAUCGCUA